ACCUCCUCCGCCCGCAUCACGACCAUCCGUGACCAUUCCGACUAACAGCCGCCCGGCGCAGUGCGCAUAUUCUCCGUUCGCUCCGAAUCCCGAGAUCGACCCAAUUCGAGGUCCACCACAACUCACUCCACGCUGGAGCUCGCAGCUACCAACGCAGCACGCAAUCGCUCAAAAUGGCGGCACGGAAGCUGCAGCAAGAGAUAGACAAGGAGUUCAAGCGAGUCGCAGAAGGCGUCGCACUCUUCGAGGGCAUAUACGAGAAGCUCACACUGUCGACAAAUCCGUCACAAAAGGAGAAGCUCGAAGAUUCACUGAAGAAGGAGAUCAAGAAGCUACAGCGAUCACGAGACAAGAUAAAAGGCUGGGCGAGUCAAAAUGAUAUCAAGGACAAGAAGCCGUUGCAGGACCAGCGGAAGCUCAUUGAGACGCAAAUGGAGAAAUUCAAGGCCGUGGAGAAGGAGAUGAAGACCAAGGCAUUUUCCAAGGAAGGUCUAAAUGCUGCAGCGAAACUGGAUCCCAAGGAGAAGGAGAAGAUGGAGGUCGCGCAAUUCCUCUCAGACAUGGUCGACGAGCUGGGUCGACAAGUAGAGAGCCAGGAGGCCGAAGUCGAGGCAAUACAAGCAACCCUCAAGAAAGGCAAGAAGGAUAGUGGGAAAGCAGACAGAAUGGCCGAAUUGGAGCGGAUGGUGGAGCGACAUAAAUGGCAUACGGGCAAAUUGGAAAUCCUCUUACGAUCACUGGAGAACGGCAGCGUCGAAGUUGAGCAAGUCAAGGAAAUUGACGAUGGCAUCAAGUACUAUGUGGAACAAAACCAGGAGGUGGACUUCAUGGAAGACGACACAAUCUACGAUGAUCUCGCCUUGGAAGAAGAGGAGGACCAAUUCGGUAUCGCCGGUGAUAACGACAGAGUCUCAAGUCAGGACAACCAGAGCAUACAAGACGAACCUCCGGAGCAUGAGCCAACAAGGACGACCAGCGCACCCAGUAUAAAGACAAAGUCUACGUCCAUUUCAGAAAAUGCGGCUGGAGUGCGGCGACCGAGCGUACAGAUGAAAUCCCCACUUCCGGCAUUGUCAACAUUGCACGCAAGUCUACCGGGCAACGUGAAUGGCAAAGUGGCGGAAACAAUGCGACCGGCGCCCUUACCGACGAUACCCACCGGACAACCUCUCAAAUACGCUUCUGCGGCAGCGGCCGCGGCGUCGAGUGUGGGAAUCGCACCUCUACCACCGCCACCCGCAGCAGCGAAGACGGCUUCGCCUGCACCUGCGCCUGCACAGCCCGUGGCAGCAUCACCCGCACGACCGAUAGCAGCGCAACCUGCGAAAGCUGCGGAAGCACUAACAAAACAGCCAUCACCGGCGCCGAAAGAGGAGGUCAAGGCGCUCGCACCAAAGGCUCCCACGCCUGUGGAGCAACCACAAGCAGCACCACCAGCGGAGAGCAGUUCGAAAGCGAGGCAACCGCCGAGUCCGGACUCUGGAAUCGCUGGCAUCGCUCUGUCACACCGAGACUCAGCACAAGAUGAAGAGGAGGAAGAGAGCAUCUACCACCUGCCGUCAUCACUUGCUGACCUGCUCGGAUCAUUCGAGGAGACCAAGCAACGCGCAAAGUCAGACCAGCCUUUUGACCUGAACAUGAUGAAUGCCUCGCGAGUAACAUGCCCGACACCGUUGGACGCAGAGAAGCCCAAUCACUACAAGCCGCAAAAUCCCUACGCUUACACGCCAGCGCACUACCCGCAAGAGCCGCUAGGCAUCUUUGAUGAUCCCCGACUGUACAGCCGCAUCGACACUGACAGCCUGUUCUACGCCUUCUACUACCGGCAGGGGACGUACCAGCAAUACCUGGCAGCGAAGGCGCUGAAAAGCCAAAGCUGGCGGUUCCACAAGCAAUAUCAGACUUGGUUCCAGCGCCACGAGGAGCCCAAGAACAUUACGGAAGAGUUCGAGCAGGGGACCUAUCGGUUCUUCGACUAUGAGUCCACGUGGAUGAACCGCCGCAAGGCAGAUUUCAAAUUCGCGUAUAAGUUCCUCGAAGAUGAUCUCUGA